AUGUCGUCGGCUUACGGUGGCCUCCUACGGCUGAUUCUCUUGAUAGCAGUCGCGCUGCUAUCCGUGAUACUCCCCGGGCACGCCUACGAGUCGCUCUCCGAUGAGACCCUGAAAUCUCUCCCGCGGCCAUAUAAUGACUUCGACAUCAACUCCGGCUCCCUUCUAUCUCCCAUCCUCAUACCCCGUGUCCCCGGUACCUCCGGUCACACCGCCGUCUUGAACCACUUUGCGGACUUCUUUCGGACGACUUUACCUAAUUGGAGGGUAGAAUACCAAAAUUCAACAUCGAAAACACCAGUUUCGAACGGCAAGGAAGUCCCAUUCGUCAAUUUCAUCGCAGCGCGAGACCCGCCAUGGGCUGCCGUUGGCGACGUAGGACGGCUUACGUUGGUCGCGCAUUACGAUAGUAAAUACGAACCGGAGGGCUUUAUCGGGGCGAUCGACAGUGCUGCGCCGUGCGCUAUGAUCAUGCAUGCCAUGCGGAGUAUUGAUGAAGCUUUGACGCGGAAAUGGGAGAAGAUGGAAGCAGAAGGCCAUGCGGAUGCGUCGCUGGAGGAACAGAAGGGGAUACAAAUAAUACUGCUGGAUGGGGAGGAGGCGUUCGUUCAAUGGACUGCUACUGAUUCAUUGUACGGAUCACGCGCAUUGGCGGAGCACUGGGAUAAUCAAGUGAAUCCCGCCAUGUCGUCGUUCAAGACCCCGUUGAACUCGAUUUCUCUGUUCGUCCUCCUGGACCUUCUCGGUUCCAAGGAUCCAGCAGUGCAGUCCUACUACCAGACUACACAUUGGGCCUAUCAAAACAUCGCGACCAUAGAGCAACGUCUUCGGGAUCUCAAGCAGUUCAAGUCAGCCGACAGUCAGCGGUGGUUCAUCGACAGCUCGAAGGACGAUCACAAUCUCAAAACAUACGGUGGCAUACAAGACGACCAUAUCCCCUUUCUUCAGCGCGGAGUGGAAAUCCUGCAUCUCAUCGAUGCUGCGCCUUUCAAGGGAUUUCCCAAGGUCUGGCAUACCAUGGAUGACAAUGCUGAGAAUCUGGACAUGGAUACUGUCGAGGACUGGAGUAUGCUCGUCACGGCAUUUGCGGCAGAGUGGAUGGAGUUGGAGGGAUUUUUUGAACCUGCUUCUGGAAGGCGAGGUAAUGGAAAUGUGAAACGCUCUGCGAGCUAUGAUUGGGACAAGACUGAGCUUUCGGAACAGUAG